UACAUAAGCACUAAUGUUUGAAUGUGCCCUGUCCUUGAGUUUUACAUCCUCUCGCUCUCGAUUAUGUCCAUAGAGGCAGAACAAUGGGAUUAAUUGACACUUUCUGCGUCUUAAUCAAAUCAAUUUUGGUCGUUAUUUUGUGGUCCAAAUGCGAGGGUCGGGAGUCCGAGUUUAACUACGUCACCUGCGGUUCGCUUGUGAAAUUGCUGAACACGAGACACAACGUUCGGCUGCACUCUCACGAUGUGAAAUACGGCUCAGGUAAUGGGCAGCAGUCUGUGACGGGCGUGGAGAGUGCAGAUGACGCCAACAGUUACUGGAGGAUUCGGGGAAAGCCCGACGGGACCUGCCAACGCGGCGUGCCCAUCCAGUGUGUAUAGGCCGUCCGCAUCACGCACAUGACCACGGGACGCAACCUCCACACACACCACUUUAGCUCGCCGCUGUCCAACAACCAGGAGGUGAGUGCGUUCGGCGAGAACGGCGAGGGGGAUGACCUGGACGUGUGGCGAGUGCAGUGCGACGGCUCCAUCUGGGAGCGGGACGAGGCGGUGCGCUUCAAACACGUGGGCACCGACGCCUUCCUGAGCGUGACGGGCGAGCAGUACGGCAACCCCAUCCAGGGGCAAGGCAUGGGCACUGCCAACCAGAACAACUACUGGAAGGCUAUGGAGGGUGUGUUCAUUCUCCCCAGCCAAGAACCGCUGAGACACAAUCACGAAGAGCUCUGGUGACAUCGUCAAGCUAACGAGACGCCAUCACGAAGAGCUCUGGUGACAUCGUCAAGCUAACGAGACGCCAUCACGAAGAGCUCUGGUGACAUCGUCAAGCUAACGAGACGCCAUCACGAAGAGCUCUGGUGACAUCGUCAAGCUAACGAGACGCCAUCACGAAGAGCCCUGGUGACAUCGUCAAGCUAACGAGACGCCAUCACGAAGAGCUCUGGUGACAUCGUCAAGCUAACGAGACGCCAUCACGAAGAGCUCUGGUGACAUCGUCAAGCUAACGAGACGCCAUCACGAAGAGCUCUGGUGACAUCGUCAAGCUAACGAGACGCCAUCACGAAGAGCUCUGGUGACAUCGUCAAGCUAACGAGACGCCAUCACGAAGAGCUCUGGUGACAUCGUCAAGCUAACGAGACGCCAUCACGAAGAGCUCUGGUGACAUCGUCAAGCUAACGAGACGCCAUCACGAAGAGCUCUGGUGACAUCGUCAAGCUAACGAGACGCCAUCACGAAGAGCUCUGGUGACAUCGUCAAGCUAACGAGACGCCAUCACGAAGAGCCCUGGUGACAUCGUCAAGCUAACGAGACGCCAUCACGAAGAGCCCUGGUGACAUCGUCAAGCUGCUGCGUCACGAUGAGCUCUGACGUCAUGACGAGCUCUUGACGACGUCACAAUGAGUGCCGAUGACAUCAUCGGACAUCGUCACAUAAUAUGCUUCGUCCGAAACGGAACCCUUUUCCCUAUUCUAUAACAUAUACCCACAUGACUCUGAUCAACAAAAAAAUAAUGCACUAAGAUAGAAUAGGGAGCCGCGUCAGACUGCAGGAUGACACUGAUGCAGCCACCUGGGUCAAGAUGGCGCCUAUGACUUUAUGACAUUCUUUCGUAUACCCGUUAGCCAACCGGGAACAACUUUCGAUGACUAUUGACUACUGAAUAUAGGCUUACGUUAGGAGCGUCCGGCUCUGUGCAGUCGGUCUCUGGUGCCGGGAUCAGACAGGGAGAUGAGAAGGUUGUCCGACGAUGAGAAUCGGUUGACGUUUUUGAAUUUGACACAUCUCUGAACAAAAUGGGAUUGAAGAAUUUGGCUUUGGUUAGUUUGAGGGAGAAUGUGGUAAGGCAGUUGCUCUGCUCUGAUAUCAGAGGUAUUAGCACCUGCCCGCAGGGGGGGGGGGGGAUCUAUGGGAAACACUGCCAUUUCCAGGUGAAUCUACUGUGCCUGUCUACUCCUUAGCGACCGACAUCCUGAUGGUAAUAAAAACAUUGUCUGGAUUUUUCACUUCCUGUAGCUGCUGUGCUCACACCUUUACCUCUAGCUGCUGUGCUCACCCUUUACCUCUAGCUGCUGUGCUCACCCUUUACCUCUAGCUGCUGUGCUCACACCUUUACCUCUAGCUGCUGUGCUCACCCUUUACCUCUAGCCGCUGUGCUCACCCUUUACCUCUAGCUGCUGUGCUCACCCUUUACCUCUAGCUGCUGUGCUCACACCUUUACCUCUAGCUGCUGUGCUCACCCUUUACCUCUAGCCGCUGUGCUCACCCUUUACCUCUAGCCGCUGUGCUCACCCUUUACCUCUAGCCGCUGUGCUCACCCUUUACCUCUAGCUGCUGUGCUCACACCUUUACCUCUAGCUGCUGUGCUCACACCUUUACCUCUAGCUGCUGUGCUCACCCUUUACCUCUAGCUGCUGUGCUCACCCUUUACCUCUAGCUGCUGUGCUCACCCUUUACCUCUAGCUGCUGUGCUCACCCUUUACCUCUAGCUGCUGUGCUCACACCUUUACCUCUAGCUGCUGUGCUCACCCUUUACCUCUAGCUGCUGUGCUCACCCUUUACCUCUAGCUGCUGUGCUCACACCUUUACCUCUAGCUGCUGUGCUCACCCUUUACCUCUAGCUGCUGUGCUCACACCUUUACCUCUAGCUGCUGUGCUCACCCUUUACCUCUAGCUGCUGUGCUCACCCUUUACCUCUAGCUGCUGUGCUCACCCUUUACCUCUAGCUGCUGUGCUCACACCUUUACCUCUAGCUGCUGUGCUCACACCUUUACCUCUAGCUGCUGUGCUCACCCUUUACCUCUAGCUGCUGUGCUCACCCUUUACCUCUAGCUGCUGUGCUCACCCUUUACCUCUAGCUGCUGUGCUCACCCUUUACCUCUAGCUGCUGUGCUCACCCUUUACCUCUAGCUGCUGUGCUCACCCUUUACCUCUAGCUGCUGUGCUCACCCUUUACCUCUAGCUGCUGUGCUCACCCUUUACCUCUAGCUGCUGUGCUCACCCUUUACCUCUAGCUGCUGUGCUCACCCUUUACCUCUAGCUGCUGUGCUCACCCUUUACCUCUAGCUGCUGUGCUCACACCUUUACCUCUAGCUGCUGUGCUCACCCUUUACCUCUAGCUGCUGUGCUCACCCUUUACCUCUAGCUGCUGUGCUCACACCUUUACCUCUAGCUGCUGUGCUCACACCUUUACCUCUAGCUGCUGUGCUCACCCUUUACCUCUAGCUGCUGUGCUCACCCUUUACCUCUAGCUGCUGUGCUCACACCUUUACCUCUAGCUGCUGUGCUCACACCUUUACCUCUAGCUGCUGUGCUCACCCUUUACCUCUAGCUGCUGUGCUCACACCUUUACCUCUAGCUGCUGUGCUCACACCUUUACCUCUAGCUGCUGUGCUCACACCUUUACCUCUAGCUGCUGUGCUCACCCUUUACCUCUAGCUGCUGUGCUCACCCUUUACCUCUAGCUGCUGUGCUCACGCCUUUACCUGUAACAAUGACAUCACAUUUAGACACCACCUACUGUAAGGCCUUUCCCCCUGGCAACAUGACUCACCUGACUUGCUUUUGGGAGUGUUUUUUUUAUUGUGUUUAGACUUAAUUUAUGUUUGAAUGUCGGGAAAGGAUAUUGUUUAUUUGUAUGAGGGAAGAUUAUUAUUAUUAUUAUUAUUAUUAUUAUUAUUAUUAUUAGGGAAGACCAGGUGGUAGAAGUUAUUUGGAACACAAUUUUCAAGGCUGUUUAUUUUUAGUUCUCUGCCGUUUUCAUUGUGGGUCAUCGGGGAGGAUAUUUUCUAGUCUGUAAUAUAGAGCCUCAACUCCAUUAUGAUAUCAUGAAACACCUUCGUUUGGGCUCGUUGCUCUUUCGACGAUGAAUCACAAUUAAUAAAGACAUUUUGUUUCUGUG